CUCAGCCCGAUGUGUGCACCUUGUUUUUACGAGUGCGGACUUUUCUUUAACCUCUGGAAACUCAACGGGACGCCACUAUGGUGCAUCACUCCGGAUCGAUUCAGUCCUUCAAGCAGCAAAAGGGCAUGCACACCAGUAUCAGCGAGAUCCUGAAGGAGAAGAGUCUGAAGCCGUCUCGUCGCAGUCUGCCCUGUCUAGCUCAAAGUCAAACACAUCCUCUCAACCUGAGCCACUUCCUCUCGGUGCCUCUGAAUUCGGAGCCCAAAGCAAACACACACACUGACAGUGUUCCUGUCUCCUGUACACACAUCAGCCCUCCAUCCACAGUAGAUGUUAGUAAUGGCCAGCAUGUAGAAGAGAUGGAGACAGCAGUGUAUGAGUCUAGAACAGACGAGUCACUGCUCAUCCAGCAGAAGCCUACAUCAAGAGGCAAGCUGGAGGCGCGUACAGACUCUGUGCGGGGAAAUAACCGGGCAAAUGCUAAAGGGCUUUUGUUCCGAGAUGGCAAGAAACGAAUAGACUAUAUUCUGGUGUACAAGAAGUCCAGUCCUCAGGUUGAGAAGAGAUGCACUUUUGAAAGGAACCUGCGUGCAGAGGGACUGAUGCUGGAGAAAGAGCCCUCUUUAACCAACAAUGACAUAAUGUUCGUAAAGAUACAUGCUCCAUGGGACACGCUGUGUAAAUAUGCAGAGCAAAUGAAUAUCAGAAUGCCUUUCAGGUACAGAAAAAAGUGCUACUUCUCAGACUGGAAGAAGAAGACGAUGGGAAGUCGAUUUCAUUUGAGAUGCAGACAAAUAAAGAGUUGGCUGCCUAGGAACCCGAUGAAGCUGGAUAAGGAGGCGUUACCUGAUCUGGAGGAGACAGAUUGCUACACUGCCCCAUUCAGCAGGGCCAGAAUGCAUCAUUUUACCAUCAACAACAGGGAUUCCUUCUUUUCCAACUCCACCAGAAGCAGAAUAGUGCACCAUGUAUUACAGCGCACCAAGUAUGAAGAUGGCAAGUCGAAGAUGGGUAUCAACCGAUUACUUGGCAAUAACACAUACGAGGCUGCCUUUCCUCCUCAUGAGGGCAGCUACAAGAGCAGACAUCCGAUAAAGACCCACGGCGCGCAGAACCACAGGCACCUGCUCUAUGAACGAUGGGCUCGCUGGGGAAUCUGGUACAAAUACCAGCCUUUGGACCUCAUACGGCGGUACUUUGGGGAAAAGAUUGGCCUGUAUUUUGCAUGGCUGGGAUGGUACACAGGAAUGUUGAUUCCAGCAGCAUUGGUUGGUCUUUUUGUCUUCCUCUAUGGCCUCUUCACCAUGGACUCCAGCCAAGUAAGUAAAGAGAUCUGUGAGGCCAACACCACCAUCAUGUGCCCCAUGUGUGAAGUAAACUGCAGCGCCUGGAAACUCAGUGACAGCUGUGUCUAUGCAAAGGUGACUCAUCUGUUUGAUAAUGGUGGCACAGUCUUCUUUGCCAUUUUCAUGGCAAUAUGGGCAACAGUCUUCCUUGAAUUCUGGAAAAGAAGGAGAGCAGAACUGACCUAUGACUGGGAUUUAAUUGACUGGGAGGAGGAAGAGGAAGAACUGCGGCCCCAGUUUGAAGCAAAGUACUCGCGGAAGGAGAGAGUGAACCCUAUCUCAGGCAAACCAGAACCUUUCCAGCCAUUCAGUGACAAACUCAGUCGCCUCAUGGUCUCUGUGUCAGGAAUCUUCUUCAUGAUCUCCCUGGUGCUGACGGCAGUGUUUGCUGUGGUGGUUUUUCGGCUCAUUGCCAUGGAGAAGUUCGCCUCCUUCCAGUGGGAGUUUGUAAAGAAGAACUGGCAGUUUGCCACCUCUGGCACUGGAGUCUGCAUCAACUUCAUGAUUAUUAUGUCUCUCAAUGUGGUCUAUGAGAAAGUGGCCUAUCUGUUAACAAAUCUAGAACACCCACGGACCGAGUCCGAAUGGGAGAACAGCUUUGCCCUCAAGAUGUUUCUUUUCCAGUUUGUCAACCUGAACAGCUCCACCUUCUACAUUGCUUUCUUCCUAGGAAGGUUUGCAGGCAGGCCCGGAGAUUAUAAUAAGCUGUUUAACCGCUGGAGAAUGGAGGAGUGUCAUCCUAGUGGCUGUCUGAUUGAUUUAUGCUUGCAAAUGGGAGUUAUCAUGGUGUUAAAACAGAUUUGGAACAACUUCAUGGAACUGGGCUACCCAUUGUUACAGAACUGGUGGUCUCGGCGAAAGAUGAGGCGAGCAGGAGAACAGAAUAACGUGGAAGGCAAAGAGCAGCUGCCUCAAUGGGACAAAGACUGGAACCUGCAGCCCAUGAAUGCCCACGGCCUGGUGGAUGAGUACCUAGAGAUGGUGCUCCAGUUUGGUUUCACCACCAUCUUUGUGGCAGCAUUUCCCCUGGCUCCUCUGCUUGCUCUGCUUAACAACAUCAUCGAGAUCAGACUGGACGCGUACAAAUUUGUCACACAGUGGAGGAGACCCAUGCCAGCCAGAGCAACUGAUAUCGGAAUCUGGCAUGGUGUCCUGGAGGGCAUUGGUGUGGUGGCUGUCAUUACUAACGCAUUUGUCAUUGCCAUCACAUCUGACUAUAUUCCUCGGUUUGUCUAUGCCUUCAAAUACGGGCCCUGUGUGGACAAGGGCUACCAGCAUGACCAAUGCCUCAGAGGAUAUAUGAACAGUAGUCUGUCUGUAUUUGACAUGGGAGAGCCAAAGAACGGAAGUCAGUAUGAAACACGAUACUGCAGAUAUCGGGACUACAGAGCCCCUCCGUGGAGCUCACAGCCCUAUGAGUUCACGCUACAGUUCUGGCAUGUGCUCGCUGCCAGACUGGCCUUCAUUAUUGUCUUUGAGCACCUGGUGUUCGGCAUUAAGACUUUCAUCGCUCAUCUGAUCCCAGACAUGCCUAAAGACCUGUGUGAACGCAUGCGCAGGGAGAAGUACCUCAUGCAAGAGAUGAUGUAUGAAGCAGAGUUGGAGCACCUACAGAAGGAGAGGAAGAAAAACGGCAAGCGUUAUCACCAUGAGUGGCCUUAGUGACGCCUGUCAGAUGGACAUAUCAUAUGUACAUCCAUGCGCACACCAAUGAAGAAAUAACCUACGCGAGAGCACAUGUGAACACGGACACGGUGGACGACCGCGCAGGAACUGCAAAUGUUUGCAUUUACUCAUGCAUGCAUGUCCAUGCCGCAGCUUUGGAUGGCUAAGCUUUACUGACCAAACCCUCAACACAUGCUACCCACUUUGACCGCUGGUUUUCUUUGCUGUUGAAUAAGCUAGUGCGGCUCAAGCUCUUUGAAGAACAGUUGCUCUUAAGUGGACAGUCCUGCUCUGCACCAAAGAGCUCUUUCUCCCGCUGUCUUUUGCCACUGCUGGCUUUGCUCUACUCUGAACUAUCUCUCCUUAGUUUGUAUGUUUGUUUGCUUUUUAAAAGGGAACAGAAUGCAAAUGUAUUGUUUACUAUGCAGAAGAAGGGCUUUGGAGUUUGUCUUCAAUGUACAUACUUUCAUUGCACUCCAUAGCUCCUCACUCUUUCUCUCUUUUCUCUCUCUCUCUUUUCUCUCUCGCUUUUUUCUCUUUUUCUCUGGCAGCUAACAAACCACUAUCAAUGACACUCUGUUAAAAUCUCUCUUUCAGUGACAAAGUUUUGCCUUUACUGUAUGUUCAUGCUUUUUUUCAUGGAACAAGGAACAAUUUUCUCUCUUUUGCUAUCACAAUUUUUCUUCAUAGAAAGGUGGCUUUUCUGGUAAUGUGUGGAUAAUAAUUUAAAUUUAUGCAAACAUAGAACAAAUUGAUAGAAACAUUAGGUACCAUCCUAAUAUAGCAUGCAGAUUUAACAUUCUAAAUCCGAAAAAAUGGUUAGUUUUACUUUUAUGAUAACAUUUUUUGUAGAAAAUGAUUUGAUUUGAAAUUACUUGUUUUUUCUUAUGUCCUUUACCUUUCAAUAGGAUACGUUCAGUGUAUGCUAAUAUGCUGAUGCCUGGUGCUGUAUUGGUUGUGGGCUGAUUUGGACUGUGUUUAGCUGUGAGCUGAGUGGAGAUUCAGAUUUUUUUUAAAUGUGGUUUGUGCCUACAGUGGUACGUGGCUUUCCAUAGACCUGGUUCUUAUUAAAGGAGUAAAUUAUGAGGUAUUUUAUUAAGGCUUGGUCAUGAUUAUCUGAUAAGGAAAAUGAUGAAACAUUGUUCAUAGCACUAAUAGUUAGUAGCAUUUGGUGAAAUGUUAAAUUAACAACAGUUUGGAAAAGCUGCCAGUUUAGUGCUUAGGUUUCUCACCUCACACCUCAAUGGAUGGCACUUUCUAUCUUACCUCUCGUCUGUGUGUUUCCACUGGGUACUUCAAAGAUGUCGAGUGUAUUUGGAUUGAGUUUGUGUGUGUACCCUGCUUUAUGCCCUAAGUUUCCUGUUAUAGGCCCCAGGCUCCCAUGCACAUGGUUGAGUGUGUAUAAAAAUGA